AUAGCACCACAAUAGGAUUAGUUGCAAAUUUAUAUUAUAUUUGUGCUAAAACAAAGUUGUAAAUAUUUAUUUACUUUCGAACAAAUUAUAGUGCAAUCAAUAAAUUAAGCUAUUUUGUAUGUAUUCCGCAACGAGCUAAAAAUUAAAUUAUUAAAAAAAAAUUGUGCAAAUAAGCAAGAUUGUGGAUUAAAACGAUAAGUUUGGCAUUUUAAUAUUCUUGAAAAUGGCUGCUCUUUGAAAUAGUUAUACUUCGCUUUAUUUUAUAUAGAAAAAAAAGAGACGAAAGAUAUAGCCUAUUUUUUAUACUAAAAGGAUAGGAUACAUAAAAUGACAUUUUACUAAAGGUAAAAUCGACUGCCAUUAAAGAACAUUAAAAAAACACUUAAAUUAAUAAAUAUUUAUAUUAAUAAAUUUAAAUAAAAUAUAUAAAUUGAGUUAAAGUGAUUUAAAGUAACAGAAAUAAAAUUUUAAGUAGCUAUUAUUAGUAAUUGGCUUUGAAAUUAGCUUUGAAAAUUUUUUUUACAACCUAUCUGCAAAAAGUAUGGAGUAAAUCCUCAUAAAUUUUCAGUGUUAUAAGGAAUAAGUGUAGUGACAGCAAGAGAAGUGGGCGCGGCAGUGCAUUCGAUUAGUUUUUUUUUUUCAGAAAAAUUACUUUUUCUACAUAAUUAAAAAGAAGAAAAAAAACAUUUUUGAUUUCAUUAAAAAUCAAUAAAGUUUAAUUAUAAACAAAUUAAAUAAAAAUGAAUGAACUAGACAGUUUAAGACAGGAAGCUGAAUCUCUUAAAAAUGCAAUUCGCGAUGCAAGAAAAGCAGCAUGCGAUACCAGUUUGGUGCAAGCAACAAAUAAUCUUGAACCAAUCGGACGUAUACAAAUGCGAACUAGGCGUACACUUCGAGGUCAUCUAGCUAAAAUUUAUGCCAUGCAUUGGGGAAGUGAUUCAAGAAAUCUAGUUUCUGCAUCUCAAGAUGGUAAAUUAAUCGUUUGGGACUCACAUACAACUAAUAAGGUGCAUGCCAUUCCUUUACGUUCAUCAUGGGUCAUGACAUGCGCAUAUGCUCCAUCUGGUAGUUUUGUUGCCUGUGGUGGUCUUGAUAAUAUAUGUUCAAUAUAUAGUUUAAAAACAAGAGAAGGUAAUGUAAGAGUAUCCCGGGAGUUGCUUGGGCACACUGGAUAUUUAUCAUGUUGUCGAUUUUUGGAUGAUAAUCAAAUAGUAACUAGUUCAGGUGAUAUGACUUGUGGUCUCUGGGACAUAGAAACCGGACAACAAGUUACAUCAUUCAUGGGACAUACAGGUGAUGUAAUGGCUCUUUCAUUGGCACCCCAAUGUAGAACAUUCGUAUCAGGUGCAUGUGAUGCAUCUGCAAAACUUUGGGAUAUUCGUGAAGGAGUUUGUAAGCAAACUUUCCCAGGACAUGAAAGCGAUAUAAACGCUGUUACAUUCUUUCCUAAUGGUCAAGCAUUUGCUACAGGUUCAGAUGAUGCUACAUGUCGUUUAUUCGAUAUUCGUGCAGAUCAAGAAUUGGCUAUGUAUUCUCAUGACAAUAUCAUAUGUGGAAUCACUUCAGCUGCAUUCUCAAAAAGCGGUAGAUUAUUAUUGGCUGGUUAUGAUGAUUUCAAUUGUAAUGUAUGGGACACUAUGAAAGCUGAACGUGCAGGCAUAUUAGCUGGUCAUGAUAACAGAGUUUCAUGCUUAGGUGUUACCGAAAACGGCAUGGCGGUAGCAACGGGAUCAUGGGAUUCAUUUUUACGUGUAUGGAAUUAAAAUUAUAUAUAUAAAUAUUUAUACAUAUAUUUAAAUAUAUAUAUAAAUAUAAUACAUGUUUACAUAAAAAAUAAAUCACAAAUCAGUACUCUAUAUUAAAAUAAAGAAAUUAAAAAAAAAAACCAAAUAGAAAAUAUAAAUUUAAAACAACAAGUAAUUAACUAAUCCAAAUUAAUAAAAACCAAGAAAAAAAACGAAAUUUCAAAAACAAAACAUAACUAAAUAAAAAUUUAGGUCAUAAAACUAAUAUUUAAUAAGGAUUCUAUAAUUUAAUUUAUUUAAAUACAAAAAAGAGGAAACAAGAUUAUUAAGGAACAUCUUUUUAAAUCAAAACAUAAAAAUAAAUUCGCUACAUUAUAAUCCAUCAAAUUACAAAAAAUAUUAAACAGAAAUGAUCACUAAACAAUUAUAUUCAAUUUAUAAAAAAUAUAAAUCAAAUACAUACACAAAUUCAUAACGAGGAUAUUAGAAUCAUUACAUACAUAUAUACAAAACAGCAUUGAAAAGAGUUUAUAAAAUUUUUAUUAACUAAAUACAUAUUAAAAACAAAAAAAAAAAACCAUUAAAAAACAAAAAAAAAUAUUUAUAUUAAAAAGCACAAGGCAGUAAAAAAAAAGCAUUUAAUUUAUACUUUCAUUUUAUUAAACAAAAAAUAUAUAAUAAUUAAAAAAUAUGCAAUAUGUUUAAUAUUACAUGUACAUCAUUAAAAAAAAAACAUCAAAAAAAAAAAAAAAAUACAAAAAAUAUUUAUAAAUCCGCUAUUGUGGUCUAACUAUAAGUCUUUGUUUUUGCAAAUUUUAAUUAUAUAAAAUACUAAAAGAAAAUUUUUGUAAUUUACUUGUAUUUUGUUUUGUUUAGAAAAAAAAAACAAAAAGGCUAGUA